AUGAUCCGAGGUCUACAGUUUUUGCCGUGCUCAAGGCUCUUUCGAAACGGGCCAGAACUGAGCAAGGUAUCAACUCUCAAAGUUCAUGAGGGCAUCUCAUCGCUAUUGGGGUACAGACAUUAUUCAGACAAAACACACAAGACCAGUACGGUAUCCGAGAAGAAAUUCAUAGAGAAGCAGAAGGAGGAGAUGAAGGCGAAGCAUAAAAAUCAGCCUGAGUGGGUCAAACGAGAACAGGCAUUGACAAAACGUUAUGGGACAUGGAACCCAACGAGAAAGCUAUCCCGACAACAGAUUCAGGAUAUCAGGAAUUUGAAGGAGCAAGUACCGCACUUGCGGACAAUUGAUUUUGCCAAUUACUUUCGAAUCAACCCUGAAGCUAUCCGAAGAAUUUUGAAGUCUAAAUGGGUCCCUAACGAUAAUGAAGUUGAAAGAAUACAAAAAAGAUCAGAAGAACGCAAGUUGGAAAGUCAGGAAAGAAAGCAGGGCUUGAGGCAAGAAAUGAACUUGAAAAACGAAAGACUCAGAAGGAGUCAGAGUAUUCAUAUCGACAAGAUAACUCCCCCCAAACCGACCUUCAAUUACGAUAGCAGAAACUCCCGCUCACCCUAUAAGAAGAAGAAUGGGAAAGGGGACCAAAGGGACUCGCGUCCUCGCAAACACAACCGGCCCUUCGUUCAAAGCGUUGCCGACGUUAUAGACUGA